AUGGGAGGGGAUUUUAAUGCAAUUUCUGAUCCAGCAGAAAGAAAGGGGAAUGCUUCAGUGUCUAAGAAUGUUGACAUUGGAAAGUUCAACGAGUUCAUCAUAGACAUGGAUUUGGUGGAUCUGUCUUCUUCUAGAAAUCGGUUCACUUGGUAUAGUGGGGAUGACAAUUAUGUGAGCAAGAUCGAUCGCUUCUUGGUGGUUGAUGUUAUUAUUGAUAGCUGGUUUGCGGAUAAAGGUUUUUUGAAAUUUGUGGAGUUGGAAUGGAAGCAGAUCUAUGUUGAGGGAAGAAGUGAUUUCAUUGUGAAAGAGAAAUUGAAGAUGUUGAAGGGAAGCCUUAAGAAGUGGAAUAAGGAAAAUUAUGGGUGGAUUGAUCUUAAGGUAGAUGAACUCAUGGACUUAAUUAACGAGUUGGAUCUUAACCUGUUUUCUGUUGAUGGGAAUGGGGAGGAGGAUAUGGUGCAGAAGAGAGCCUUGGCUUGCAAAACCAUGUGGAGGAAGUUAUAUCUUAAAGAUAACUUGUUGUUACAAAAGGCAAAGGUGAAUUGA